AUGCAUGCUGCAAAAACAACACAACUGUUGCAACCUUUCUGUAGAGGUCAUGCAAGAACUAGAGUAGAGGAGAAGAGAUGCUUGAUUACUUCCUGUCGUUUUUUUUUUCUUCAUGUAUCUGACGACACACGCUUUGCCCUCAGACUUCUGCUAAUCUGAACUACAGAAGAAAAAACCUCAGUGAGACUCGUCUACACCGCCUCGUGCCGUCGUGUUAUAGCAAGCUUCACAAGCCGUCUAUAAGCGCUUAUACUAACACAACACAGCAGAAAGUGGUCGUGUUGAAGGUGGAUUGUUUGACAGCUUCAGGCUCUGUGAGGGUUACUCUGCCAAAUCAGGUGACUGAUGGGGUCCAAAGUAGCGCUGGAAGAAGAAAACCCAACUGGACACCAUGAAGGUCAGUGCACUCCCAUGCCUUCUCCACAACUGGGGACAUUUAAACUAGUGGCUGGGAAUGGGACCAGUGUGGGCACAGUGAUAACACUGAUCUGCCCUCUUAAUCAUCGUGCCAUCAGCGGUGGCCGGAUUACCUGCGUGCAGGAAAACAACAUCACAGAAUGGAGUGGGGGUAUCGCUGUCUGUAAAUCUGUCACGCAUGUAGAAGGCUUCCGUCUGGCUUUGCUUCUGUCCAUUAUCAGCACAGCCAUCAUACUGUUUAUGAGCAUAAUAUUCAUCACUUCAUGGCUGCUGACCCGUUUGAAGAAAGAGGAAAUAAGACGAGCAGAAAGGGAAAGGGCAGAGGCAUCUGCUAGACUUUGGCACCACUUAAAUGAAGAGGAACAGAGACAAUCUUUCUAUGCUCAUAAUGGCAACAACAACAGCAGCAAUAGACAAGAGCAACAUCCAAGGGGUCAUCGGAAAAACUACCCCGAUCCUGUAAUCGUCCAUCACUCGCAGGAUACUCUGGGACAAAUGCCUGCCCCACUACCCUGUGUUUAACCAGACACAUUAACUGUACAUUAUAACCACACACUUUCAUCAAACACCUCUUAUUCUCUGUGGUGGGAUAUGACUCUAGCUUGGAACAAUCACCAUGGAAGUCAGGAUCAGCACACCAACAGCAUCAGACACACAGGAGGGUCAGGUCACUCCUGAGACUGGGGAGAGACUGGAAGCUGUGAAAAGAGAAACACCCACAUGCCCCAGAAAUCCAGGCUGUAUCAGUAUUGAUGAACCAGUAACAUACUUAAUCUCUAUUGCUAUGAACUAGCAACAAGCUUUGACGUUGGCUGAGAAUGAACACGUGCAUUACAACAGGACAACCUGAAAAAUCUCCAAAACAUCAGAACAUAUCAUAUUAGGUGCCAAUCUGAACAUCUGAUUGCCAUAAUUAGAUUUUUUAAUUUUACUUAUAUAUUUUUUUACCUUUUGUUUUUUUAGAACGAUUUAAAUGUACUCUAUACAUAAACUAUUCUUAUAAAAUUCAGCACUGUGGAAAUGUAGAUCCUUUAGUUUGUAAUUGUUGCACCUUAUGAUGCAAAGUUGAUAUCUGGGCCUCAUAAAGAGAAUUAUUCCAGCGAGAAACAUAGCAGUUCAUAUGAUCUAAAUAUAAUACUUUAUACUUCUACAUGAAAAUGUGGAUUCAUGAAAAUGUGGAUUCUACACAUUUUAUGAGAGGCUUUAAAAUUUAACUAUAUGGCCCAUACCUGCUUGUUGAACAUUCUAUUAUGAAGACAUUUGCUGCUAUAACAGCCUGCACUCUUCUGGGCAGACUUUCGACAAUAUUUUGCUUGGGCCCAUUAACCCACAAGAACAUUGGCACUGAUGUCAGGCAAAGAGGCCUGGUGUGGAGCCAUGUUUUUCGAUGAGGUUAUUGUCACUUGUGUGCUUCCAAACCAACCUUAGCAAACUGUCUUCUUCUUCUUCUUCUUCUUCUUCUUCUUCUUGCUCACUUUGCACUGAGAGGCAUUCUCAUGAUGGACCAAAAUUAGGCACCUUAGUUCUAGUGAAAGGAAGUCAUAAUUUUAUAGCAUACGAAGACAUUCUAGACAAUCAGUCUAGAAAAAAAAUAUGGGGAAAGCCCACAUAUUCUUCAGGGCUCAUGAGCAAGUGUCCACAUACUUUUGACUCUAUAGUGCAGUUUCAUCAAUCACCAAAAUAUAAUAAGGUGACUGUAGUAUAUUACUGUCAGAGAAAAUGUGUGGUAACCUGAUAGACAUGACUUUUUCCAGUUUUUUUCAGAGAUGGUAAAAAAAAAUUUGGAAUGUAAAAUAUUGCUUGGUUUCCUUUCUAAGCUUGGGUAUGGGACGGUACCGAUAGAUUGUCCAGUGCUGUGAUCACCAAACUAAUAUUUUAUCCUGCUUUGUCUCUGUGAUGCUUCUCUAUGAGCAGUUAUAAGGCAAAGGCUUAUACAAAAACAUAUGCAUGACAAUUAAAUCUGGAGACUUUUUGGAUUUUGGGUCAUUUCUUUUCAUUUCUUUUCUUUUUGUCUUUCUUCUGUGGAAAAAUCACAAAUCCUCUGAGAAUAUUCUUCCAAUUUUAAUAAUGAGUAGCUAAGCUUUUGCUGCAGUAUUCAAUAUUAUUUGCAGUCGUUUGUCCUCGUUGAUUUACCCUGCUGCUGACAAUCAGCCAAACACAACAAAUUUAGUCAAGGUUGGUUGCUUUUUUAAAAUUGUGUAGUUUCACCAAUGUGAAAAACCCAAAUAGGAGAGAAUUGUAUGUGGGUUGUUUUUUUUUAUUAUAUUGUGAAACAGGCCUAAAAAAUGUGCAUUCACUUCUUAAAACUUUAGACUGAUAUUGGAUUGUA